CUUGCUUUGAUUCCAGCGAUCAGCUGCAGAGAAAGAAAAGAAAAGAGAAAAAGAAAGAAAAAAAAAACCCCACAUAUAACAGUCCGCCUGGCGAUUUUAUCACUUUUAAAAAAUUUUGAAUAAAGAAGGAAGAUUUGCGCUGUUGUUUCUGAUUCAUGUUUGGGAUUCAGGAAAGCAUCCAGCGGAGUGGGAGCAGCAUGAAGGAAGAGCCCCUCGGCGCGGGGAUGAACGCGGUGCGGACGUGGAUGCAGGGAGCCGGCGUCCUGGACGCCAGCACGGCCGCUCAGAGCGGAGUGGGUCUGGCCCGGGCUCACUUCGAGAAGCAGCCGCCUUCCAACCUGAGGAAGUCCAACUUUUUCCACUUCGUCCUGGCUCUGUACGACCGGCAGGGGCAGCCCGUGGAGAUCGAGCGCACCGCCUUCGUGGGCUUCGUGGAGAAGGAGAAGGAAGCCAACAGCGAAAAGACCAACAACGGGAUCCACUACCGCCUGCAGCUGCUCUACAGCAAUGGGAUCAGGACGGAGCAGGAUUUCUACGUGCGGCUCAUCGACUCCAUGACCAAGCAGGCAAUAGUAUAUGAAGGCCAAGACAAGAACCCAGAAAUGUGCCGAGUUCUGCUCACGCAUGAAAUAAUGUGCAGCCGCUGUUGUGACAAGAAAAGCUGUGGCAACAGAAAUGAGACUCCAUCAGAUCCAGUGAUAAUUGACAGGUUCUUCUUGAAAUUUUUCCUCAAAUGUAACCAAAAUUGCCUAAAAAAUGCAGGAAACCCUCGAGACAUGCGUCGAUUCCAGGUCGUGGUGUCUACAACAGUCAAUGUUGAUGGCCACGUGUUGGCAGUGUCAGACAAUAUGUUUGUGCACAACAAUUCCAAGCACGGGCGGAGAGCUCGAAGACUCGAUCCCUCGGAAGGUACGCCUUCUUAUCUGGAACAUGCAGCUACACCAUGUAUCAAAGCCAUCAGUCCAAGUGAAGGAUGGACUACAGGAGGUGCCACUGUCAUCAUCAUAGGAGACAAUUUCUUUGAUGGGUUACAGGUCAUAUUCGGCACCAUGCUGGUUUGGAGUGAGCUGAUUACUCCUCAUGCCAUCCGUGUACAGACGCCCCCCCGACAUAUCCCAGGGGUUGUAGAAGUCACAUUGUCCUACAAGUCCAAGCAGUUCUGCAAGGGAACGCCUGGAAGAUUCAUUUACACAGCUCUGAACGAACCCACCAUUGACUAUGGUUUCCAAAGGUUACAGAAGGUUAUCCCCCGGCACCCUGGUGACCCCGAACGCUUGCCAAAGGAAGUAAUACUUAAGAGGGCUGCUGAUUUAGUAGAAGCACUCUAUGGUAUGCCACAUAAUAACCAGGAAAUAAUCCUGAAAAGAGCUGCAGACAUCGCCGAAGCGCUCUACAGCGUCCCCCGCAACCACAACCAGCUCCCCGCCCUCGCCAACACCUCUGUCCACGCGGGAAUGAUGGGGGUGAACUCCUUCAGUGGCCAGCUCGCUGUCAAUGUCUCUGAAGCCUCCCAAGCCACCAACCAGGGUUUCACUCGCAACUCCAGCAGUGUGUCACCUCAUGGCUACGUGCCAAGCACCACCCCGCAGCAGACAAACUACAACUCUGUCACAACAAGCAUGAACGGCUAUGGCAAUGCUGGAAUGUCAAAUUUAGGCGGUUCUCCAACCUUCCUGAAUGGAUCUGCUGCCAAUUCUCCCUAUGCCAUUGUGCCAUCAAGCCCGACAAUGGCCUCCUCCACUAGCCUCCCCUCCAACUGUAGCAGUUCCUCCGGGAUUUUCUCCUUCUCACCAGCCAACAUGGUCUCAGCGGUGAAGCAGAAGAGUGCGUUCGCGCCUGUCGUGAGACCCCAGACCUCCCCCCCUCCCACCUGCACCAGCACCAAUGGCAAUAGCCUGCAAGCUAUAUCUGGCAUGAUUGUUCCCCCCAUGUGAAAGAAUUGCCUUGAAGAAUUUUAUUAAUGAAGAGGUUGAAUUCUGCUUCAGAGAGAAUCUGAUACAAGUCCCAGAGUGGAACUUUUUACUCAGGCCUUUUUAAAAAUAAAAAAGAAAUAAAGAAGGAUCUUACAAUAACUGCAGAUUUUUAAACAAAACAAAAAUCACCAUCCUUGCAAAUACUGAAAUUAACAAUCCACAAUUGCAAGGUGUUGAUUCGAGUUGUCCAUCCCAAAUAAAUGGG